GGACUCCGGGGCGGGCCGGAGGCUCCGCGGGACCCAGUCGGACCGAGCUGCCCAGGGGAGCGAGCUCCAGGCGUCUGCGCGGCGGCCACUCCCGGGCCAGGAGCGCGAAGCCGAGUGCGAGACCGCGAGUCGAGCGCAGCCCCUCCGCGCCGCGACCACCAUGACCCACUUCAACAAGGGCCCUUCCUACGGGCUCUCGGCCGAGGUCAAGAACAAGAUCGCCUCCAAGUAUGACCACCAGGCGGAGGAGGACCUGCGCAGCUGGAUCGAGGAGGUGACCGGCAUGAGCAUCGGCCCCAACUUCCAGCUGGGCCUAAAGGACGGCAUCAUCCUCUGCGAACUCAUAAACAAGCUGCAGCCGGGCUCCGUGAGGAAGGUCAACGAGUCCUCCUUAAACUGGCCUCAGUUGGAGAACAUCGGCAACUUCAUUAAAGCCAUCCAGGCCUAUGGCAUGAAGCCCCACGACAUAUUCGAAGCAAACGAUCUUUUUGAGAAUGGAAACAUGACGCAGGUUCAGACGACGCUGGUGGCCCUGGCCGGUCUGGCUAAAACCAAAGGGUUCCACACCACCAUCGACCUCGGCGUGAAGUACGCGGAGAAACAGACUCGGCGCUUUGACGAAGGGAAGUUAAAAGCUGGCCAGAGUGUCAUUGGUUUGCAGAUGGGCACCAACAAGUGCGCCAGCCAGGCGGGCAUGACCGCCUACGGGACCAGGAGGCACCUGUACGACCCCAAAAUGCAAACGGACAAGCCUUUCGACCAGACCACAAUCAGCCUGCAGAUGGGCACCAACAAGGGGGCCAGCCAGGCGGGGAUGCUGGCACCGGGCACCAGGAGAGAUAUCUACGACCAGAAGCUCACCUUGCAGCCCGUGGACAACUCGACGAUUUCGCUGCAGAUGGGCACCAACAAAGUCGCCUCCCAGAAGGGGAUGAGUGUGUACGGGCUCGGGCGGCAGGUGUACGACCCCAAGUACUGCGCCGCCCCGACAGAACCUGUCAUUCACAACGGGAGCCAAGGGACAGGCACCAACGGCUCGGAGAUCAGCGACAGCGACUACCAGGCCGAGUACCCAGACGAGUACCACGGCGAGUACCAGGAUGACUACCCCCGCGACUACCAGUACGGCGACCAGGGCAUCGACUACUAGUCAGAGGGCCGCAGGCAGCCUGUCGCCCUAUGCAGCGAGAGCCACGCUAGCCUUGAGUCAUGUUUAUCUUGUCUUCCUGAAACUCUGUCAUGCUUGUUGUACCCGAAAGAAACACUGCCUUACGUACAUUCCCUCUCCCCCUGCCUCCGCCCUCCGCAGCCGCCUUCCCGCGCUGUAGCAGCCGAGCCCCCGCCUACCCAGUAACUCGUGAGUGAAGGAAAGAGGAAAACUGUGAAAGAGGCCUUCUCUUGUACAGCCCAGCCCUUUUCAUUACAGACCUGUGCAUCUGUACAAUCUUCUACUGAAGCCGGUGUUUUCGAACAAUAGGAAGCCCCUCCCCCCUUCUUUUCCUUCCUUCCAGCUUAGUGUCUGGUGUCCACGUGGAAGACUAAAUUCAUGCUUCUAGCUAAAGGCGGUGUCUGCCAACUAAAAUGAAGAUGCAGCGUUUUUAGAAAUUUACAUAUCGAUAUUUCUACAGUAUUGUUUGCUAAUUUUUAAAUAAAGUCAUGAUCCGUGUGCAUCUGUGAUCACGUGUGUGCUCAUUCUCUCACGUGAGCCGGCGAGGUCUCCUCCGAGGGGCGCCUCUCGGGGGCGUGGACGGACGCGGCCUGCGGGCGCGGGGCCUGGGCGGUGCGUGUGCCCUCCAUGUUUGUGCCAAUAUUUCAGUGUAGACUUGCUCUGU